AUGCUGCAGUGUAAAGCUGAAGAAUUAUCCCAAAAAAUUGGUAACAAUCAGUUUAUUGCUACUGAUGGUUGGUUAAGCAGGUGGAAAAAUAGACAUGAGAUUAAAUUCAAACGUGUGCAUGGUGAAAAAGCAAGUGCUGAUGAUGCCACCUCUAAUGAUUGGAAAAUUGACAAGCUACCAAAAAUUUUGAACAAAUUUUCCCCCGAUAACAUAUUUAAUGCAGAUGAAACUGGACUGUAUUAUCGAGCGACACCUGACGGUUCUUUAUGUUUCAAACACGAAGUGCUAUCCGGCUCAAAAAAAGCAAUGGAGAGGAUUACUAUUUUAUUAUGUGUCAAUAUGACGGGGAGUGAGAAGAGAAAGCUGCUUGUAGUGGGAAAAAGCUUAAAACCUCGAUGUUUUAAAAAUCUGUCUAUUAAUAAAAUUCCAGUGCAUUACCAUGCGAAUAAAAAUGCAUAG